AUGGGCGACGUCGAGUCCGCCACGGUGAAGCUCGCGGAGCUGCUGCGACACCCAGAGGACCUCGACAAGAUACCUGCGCUGAAAGCCGAAUUUAUGCGCAAGAAGGCGGCUGUAGACGGACAACUACGCCAUGGGUUGAAAGAGCAGCUUGAGCUGACCCAGUCGGGUAUGAGCAGCAUCACCGAGGGCCAGCGCACCGUCAACCUGAUCAAGGAGGGCAAGUAG